AUGGCCAAAAUGGAGGUCAAGACGUCACUUUUAGACAACAUGAUAGGGGUGGGAGAUAUGGUUCUUUUAGAGCCACUUAAUGAAGAUUCAUUCAUCAAUAAUCUGAAAAAGCGCUUUGAUCACAGUGAAGUAUAUACGUACAUUGGCAGCGUGGUGAUAUCGAUAAACCCCUACAGACCUCUACCCAUUUAUACUCCAGAGAAAGUGGAAGAAUACAGAAACCGAAACUUUUAUGAACUCAGUCCUCACAUCUUCGCUCUGUCAGAUGAAGCAUACAGAUCUUUAAGGGACCAGGACAAAGACCAGUGCAUCCUUAUUACAGGAGAGAGCGGAGCUGGGAAAACAGAGGCGAGCAAACUUGUCAUGUCAUACGUAGCUGCUGUGUGUGGAAAAGGGGCAGAGGUUAAUCAAGUAAAAGAACAACUUUUGCAGUCAAAUCCAGUUCUUGAAGCUUUUGGAAAUGCCAAAACUGUGCGGAAUGACAACUCCUCUAGAUUUGGAAAAUACAUGGAUAUUGAGUUUGACUUCAAGGGUGAUCCACUUGGAGGAGUUAUAAGCAACUAUCUGCUAGAGAAGUCUCGUGUUGUUAAGCAGCCAAGAGGUGAAAGAAACUUUCACAUUUUCUAUCAGAUACUGUCUGGUGCCUCAGAAGACCUCCUCUGCAAACUCAAACUGGAGCAGGACUUCAGCAGAUAUAACUACCUGGGCCUUGAUUCUGCCAAAGUGAAUGGAGUGGAUGAUGCUGCAAACUUCAGAACAGUUAGAAAUGCAAUGCAGAUUGUUGGUUUUAUGGAUCAUGAAACACAGACUGUUUUUGAAGUGGUGGCCGCUGUUCUGAAAUUAGGAAAUAUUGAAUUUAAGCCUGAAUCUCGCGUGAAUGGCUUGGAUGAAAGUAAAAUCAAAGAUAAAAAUGAACUCAAGGAAAUCUGUGAGUUGACAGGUAUAGACCAGUCUGUAUUGGAAAGAGCUUUCAGCUUCCGGACAGUUGAAGCCAAGCAAGAGAAGGUUUCAACAACACUAAAUGUGGCUCAGGCUUAUUACGCCCGUGAUGCUUUGGCAAAGAAUUUGUACAGCCGACUGUUUACUUGGCUUGUUACCAGAAUCAAUGAGAGCAUUAAGGCACAAACAAAAGUGAGAAAGAAGGUAAUGGGGGUGCUGGACAUCUAUGGAUUUGAAAUUUUUGAGGACAACAGCUUUGAGCAAUUCAUUAUCAACUACUGUAAUGAGAAGUUGCAGCAGAUCUUCAUUGAACUUACCCUCAAAGAAGAGCAGGAGGAAUACAUUAGAGAGGGGAUUGAAUGGACUCACAUUGAGUAUUUCAACAAUGCUAUAAUUUGUGACCUAAUAGAAAAUAACCAAACUGGAAUCCUGGCCAUGCUAGAUGAAGAAUGCCUGAGACCGGGAACUGUUACCGAUGACACUUUUUUAGAAAAACUGAACCAAGUCUGUGCCACUCACCAGCAUUUUGAGAGCAGGAUGAGCAAGUGCUCCCGGUUCCUCAAUGACACCUCCUUGCCUCACAGCUGCUUCAGGAUUCAGCAUUACGCUGGCAAGGUUAUGUACCAGGUGGAAGGAUUUGUUGACAAAAAUAAUGAUCUUCUGUACCGUGACCUCUCCCAGGCCAUGUGGAAGGCCAGUCACUCUCUUAUCAAGGCUUUGUUCCCUGAAGGUAACCCGGCUAAGAUCAAUCUAAAGAGACCACCGACAGCAGGUUCACAGUUCAAGGCUUCAGUUGCUACCCUGAUGAAAAAUCUUCAGACAAAAAACCCAAACUACAUUAGGUGCAUCAAACCCAAUGACAAAAAAGCUGCACAUAUAUUCAAUGAUGCCCUGGUGUGCCAUCAGAUCCGCUACCUCGGUCUUCUGGAGAAUGUCCGGGUCAGAAGGGCAGGUUAUGCAUUCAGGCAGGCAUACGAACCUUGCCUGGAAAGGUACAAAAUGCUGUGUAAGCAGACAUGGCCCCACUGGAGAGGGCCAGCCAGGGCUGGAGUAGAGGUACUGUUUCAUGAAUUGGAAAUCCCUGAAGAAGAAUUUUCAUUUGGUAGAUCAAAGAUAUUCAUCCGCAACCCAAGAACGCUCUUCAAGCUAGAAGAUCUGAGAAAGCAGAGGUUGGAGGACUUGGCUACUCUAAUUGAGAAGAUUUAUAGAGGCUGGAAGUGCCGCACACGCUUUUUGUUAAUGAAAAAAAGCCAGAUUGUGAUUGCUUCCUGGUACAGGAGAUAUGCACAACAAAAAAAAUAUCAGAAGACAAAGAGUUCAGCUAUUAUAGUGCAGUCCUACAUCAGAGGAUGGAAGGCUCGGAAACUUCUUCGGGAACUUAAGCAUCAGAAACGUUGCAAUGAGGCUGCCACAACAAUUGCUGCAUAUUGGCAUGGCACCCAGGCGCGAAGGGAACUGAGACGACUGAAGGAGGAGGCUAGAAAUAAACAUGCUAUUGCUGUUAUUUGGGCUUACUGGCUUGGAUAUAAGGCUCGAAGGGAAUUGAAACGCUUGAAGGAGGAGGCUAGGCGUAAGCAUGCUGUUGCAGUCAUUUGGGCUUACUGGCUUGGACUGAAGGUCCGUAGAGAGUACAGGAAAUUCUUCAGAGCCAAUGCUGGAAGAAAAAUUUAUGAAUUUACCCUUCAGAGACUUAUGCAAAAGUAUUUCCUGGAAAUGAAGAAUAAGAUGCCUUCUUUAUCACCAAUAGAUAGAAACUGGCCAGUGAGACCUUACCUUUUCUUGGAUUCAACUCACAAGGAACUAAAGAGAAUUUUCCAUUUGUGGAGGUGUAAAAAGUACAGAGACCAGUUCACAGAUCAGCAGAAGCUUAUAUAUGAGGAAAAACUGGAGGCAAGUGAACUUUUCAAGGACAAGAAGGCUUUAUAUCCAGCCAGUGUUGGGCAGCCGUUCCAAGGGGCUUAUUUGGAAAUCAGCAAGAACCCGAAGUACAAAAAACUUAAAGAUGCUGUGGAUGAAAAGAUCAUUAUUGCAGAAGUUGUGAAUAAGAUCAAUAGAGCUAAUGGGAAGGCUACAUCCAGGAUUUUCCUGUUAACCAAAAAUAAUGUUCUUCUUGCGGAUCAAAAAUCUGGGACUAUUAAGUCCGAGGUUCCACUGGGAGAUGUUACCAAAGUGUCCAUGAGCUCCCAGAAUGAUGGCUUCUUUGCAGUGCACCUCAAGGAGGGUUCAGAAGCAGCUAGUAAAGGAGAUUUCCUGCUCAGCAGCGAUCACCUUAUUGAAAUGGCCACUAAACUUUACCGCACUACUCUCAGCCAAACCAAACAGAAGCUCAACAUUGAGAUAUCUGAUGAGUUUCUUGUCCAGUUCAGACAAGACAAAGUGUGUGUGAAGUUCAUACAAGGCAGCCAGAAAAAUGGCAACAUCCCAACUUGCAAGCGAAAAAACAAUCGACUUCUUGAAGUGGCUGUCCCUUAACUGCAGCUGGUGACUCCCUUUCAUGGACUUGUUUCUUUGUAAUAGUGCAAUUUUAGUUGCUUGGGUUUGCUGGUUUUAUCCCUUUCUGGCGCUGUUGAUGGCUAAUAGCUUCAGAAACCCUUGGCAAACACUUGACCAAUUGACUUUUUAAUCUUAUUAUUCAUGCCAGAGUUUUAACUCUCAAAAUGCAGAUUUUUACCCAGUGAGGCGUUUUUACCAGCUGGCAUGUAUCUGUCAUACAUGAAUCAUUCUCUUUGUUUAGCAGUCAUAUUUUAGUGUAGCAUACCGUAAACCCACAUAUUAAUGGUAAAUUACUCAUAUUCCUUAGUCUAGAGAUCUGCUUCACAGUAAUCAUGAAUGGCCUUGAUGCUUGAUGACCACGUGUGCCCAGUACUGACCUGUUCUGGUGUUCUGAUGAGCUCUUUCCAUGCCAGCGCCAGAAGGAGGGAGACUGGCGGGAAAGAAGCUGAUACACUAACUCCUGUAGUUAACACUAAGACCUAUGGAACUUGAUCUUUUAGUCAAUACAGCAUGGGAACAUCUAAUUCUGCAAAACAGAAGGAAUACAUGGUUAUACAAGCAGCUAUACACAUAAUUUUGUAGUUAAAAAAUGCAGAAAUUUUGAAACAGGAUUUUUAAUCAGGUCAAAUGUUUUUAAUGACUUUAUACAGUAGAAAUCAGUAAAAUUAAAGAAGCUUGUUUCUUUCACAAAAGCUAUAUAUUUUAAGGCAUAUUUUCUGAUCUGCUUUUUUUUUUCUUUUAAAUUAUCGGUUAAGAUUAGAGCCUGAAAAAUGCAAUAGUAUUCAUAACAGAAGAAAUUGCUAGGUGUUUAAGCAGUUAGUUAUAAAGUGAAGGGUUUGGGCCCUUCUGUUAGAUAUUGGCAUGUACAAUGUGCAACCAUACACGACGUUUUGUGAAAAAUUAUUUAUAAUACAUUUCUGUGUGCAAGAGAGAGGAUUGGUGCAGACUGCAUAGACAAUGUAGGGAUUUAAAAUUUGUGUUGUUAAUUUGCAGGUUUUUAAAGUGUACACUACAGUUGUCAAUUUGGGAAGAAUACUUAGAAUUUUUAAAAAAUCCUGAAUUUGGGGGUCUGUAUAUAAAUUGGUAUUACGGUAAUAAAACUGUUCUAAUUCUGUACUGUUUGGUACUCCUAUGUUAUAACCAUAUUUUUGUACUCCAAACUAUUUUAUAUAACUUGUGUGACUGAUGUAAAUGUGUGCACAGAAAAUACAAUCAAGAGCUGCAUUAUAAAAUUUCAGUGUAACUGAUUGCACUUAGUCUUUUGUAAGCCAGAAGCAUUGGUUGAAAUCCUGAAGAGGAGAGAUGCGUUUUUAGGUACAAGUAGCUGCUCAAGUAAAUGGUUUAUUGGGUGUGACUGAUUUUUUUGAUGCAAGGACAGUUGCAACAAAAGUUGCAUUGUAUUUUUGCUGUCUGAUAUAGGACAGAUUAAGACUCUGGGUAUCUAUCUGAUGUGCAGUGCUGGAAGUCCAAGCAUAAAUAAAGGAAAGAUAAAGAAAAGUUCAGAGUCUCGUUACUCUCCUGAUGGUAAAAUUAUGUAGCACUCAUGGCUGUGAAGGCUCCUUUGGGUAGUUCAACCUUAAUGUUGGCUCUCUGCAUUUAAAUGGCAUUUGCUGCAAUAUGUGCAAAUGGUUAUUGGUCUGAAAAAAACAGCUGGUUUGGUUAUACCACACUUUGCUUUGGGAUUAAAGUGAAUUAUUUUGCUAUGAUCUGGAUGCAAAACAGUUCUUUUAACUGGUUGCUUAAUGUUGCUGUUAAAAGUCCAUGCACGUGACCUAGAAAGGUGGGAGUAAUCAAAAGAUGUAUCUUCCAAACCAUGACCAAAAGUUGCCUCUUCCUUAUCAUCUUAGUUUGAACCCUUGUUUUAAUAAUUGGUCAUAUAGUUAAUAGGUUAAUAGUUUAGUAAAAUUGCAAUCAUUUUAUGUGUGUUGUAAUUAGAAAUGCUUACAAAGGAAAUUGUACUAUCGAUUUAUGAUGCAAAAUUAGGAUACUUCAAAUUAUUCCAUUGCCUUAAGAAGACAGCAGAUAAUAACAUGGUAUUUUAAACUGCUAAAUUCUAUAUUAGAACUGCUGCUUGUCAAAGAUUAGAGGGUUUGUAAAACUGUUCUGUAUCUUGAAAACCUUACAGUAAAAACCACAAGGGCUUAUUUUCAAAAUUAAUACAGAAGUAAGGAAAGCAAACCUUUGAAGUCUGAUAUAAUCCUGACAAUGCCUGCAGGUAGGAAAUGGGAGACUUUAGAUUAAGUGCAUCUGGAUAUUUGGCCCAUGAAAUUUGGAUAUUACAGGAUAUUAUUAGGAUAUCUGACCCAUCCCAGGCAGAUGUGAUACACAACUCUCUUAUUUUUUUGAUGUUUGCAGCAAAUCGUGAUAGCUAGACUAGCUUAAGACUGGAAGAAGAGAAUAAUUUCUCACUUUGAUCUCUGUUGUUUCAUUCCUUCUUCUGUACCUUUACAAUUUUUACCUUGCAUAUUAGCUGGUACUUUGUGAUAGUUACCAUGUGACGCUUACAUAUUUCUUAAUGUGCAGAGCAAGUUUUGCUGAACAUGAAAUAUUUAGGUAUGCUAGAUGAGUUAUGGUAUCUUGAUGUUUAGAUUUGAGUAUCUCGGAUGUUGAAAAUAAAAAUGUAAGGUCAGCUUGCUUUUUUCUUUUCCUCGGUUUUCUUUUAAAUACUUUUGAUUCUUCUAUCAAAUAGAGUUGUAAAAAGACUAUUCUUCCUGUGGUGCUAACCUUUCGUGUACUUUUACUUGUAAAUUUUAAUUUGUUACCUGAAAGCUGGGCAAGGAUCAUGAGAUUUGUUGCAUAAUACUUUCCAGAACAAAAUAAAAUUCUGUUCCUAGACCUAUACUUUCUCUAUAUCUG